AUGCGGCGCGACCCUCCGCAUCCGAAUGACUGGACGUUGCAAGUGACAUGGGACGAGACUCCUGUGAUGCCUUCUUCGUCCAAGCCAUUGUCCUUCAUUGCUCGUGGUCCACUCAAGCGAGCACCUCCAGAACUUGCUUCGGACGACAGUUCCAGGAUAGAGCCUAUAUCUCUGCCAGUUCCGAAGUACCUGCCUACAGUCUCCAAGAAGACGAAGACGGCUAUACUUGAGGAGGAUCAAUUGGAAGCCUACAAGGACGAUUUGAUCUGGAUCCAGGGUCGGAAGUUCUCAUAUAAUUACAAGGGGGAACUUGAACAACUCGAUUGGGAAUACCGCCGCGGUCCCCAGCGAAUGCAAGCUGGGAAGAUUCCUGUCCCGAAUCUUUCAAAGAAGACGCACGGACGGAGUGUACCCACAAAAGCAAUGGGCGUGAGGCUGGGUAGGACAUACACAUGCGAAGUUGAAAGCUGCCGCAAAGUGUUUAAACGUUCUUACCAUCUGGAGCGGCAUAUUCAAUCCGUACAUACUCACGAGAAGCCCUUUAAAUGUCGAUAUCGUUUCUGUCAGAAGCCAUUUUCUCGGGAGGACAAUAUGUUGCAGCACCUGAGGAAACAUAAGCCUGUCCAGACCCACUUCGACUGCUCGACGAACUACGCGGGAGAAGAAAUGGCGAACAAAAAACUCUUCAAGGCGUAUGCCAAAGUCGCAGUUGCCGCUGCCAGCCGCGCGAGGGUGCGCACCUGCGAACGAGCAGAACACGACUGCAUUGUCUUGGAUAUGUCGGAUCAGGAGGACACCGCCACUGCUCCCGCUACAACACCGUCUGACGAAGUUGAGACGACCGCCUCUGGGGAAGCUCCACCGGUCGAGCCCCUUCCCUUAUCUGCUAGAGGGUCGGCAGCUGGUCAGGUCGAACCUCCGCAAUCGCAUCAGAUCGCACCACGGGCUUCAGUUAGUACAUCAUCGAACGCUGCACUGAUUUCUCUCGACAAUAUCAUCUUCGAGUCAGGAUCGGGACGAGAUCCUUCAGUGAAGCUUAGGUGGGGCUGA